GGUGUGUGUUAUGAUCAGCUGUGGUUUAGUACCUUGUGUGCACAGCGAAGUUCAGUUUCACUGUCACAGUGCAAACCAUGAUGAUGGCUGCAGCAAAAAACAGAGUUUUUGUCGUUGGGGUGGGAAUGACAAAGUUUGAAAAGCCAGGUGUGAGAGACAUCGAUUACCCAGACAUGGCCAAAGAAGCAGGAGAAAGAGCUCUGGCAGAUGCUGGAAUCAAAUAUUCUGCCAUCCAGCAAGCAUGUGUAGGCUACGUGUAUGGUGACUCCACAUGUGGUCAAAGGGCUAUUUAUCACAGUCUGGGUCUGUCAGGCAUCCCAAUAGUGAACGUCAACAAUAACUGCUCUACUGGCUCCACAGCACUCUUUAUGGCCCGUCAACUCAUUCAAGGAGGACUGGCUGAUUGUGUUCUUGCCUUGGGCUUUGAGAAGAUGGAAAGAGGUUCGCUGUCUUCAAAGUACAUGGACAGAACCAACCCCAUGGACAAGCACAUGGAGGUGAUGAUCAACCGUUAUGGGAUAGCAGCGGCUCCAGCUGCCCCUCAGAUGUUCGGCAACGCUGGUAGAGAACACAUGGAGAAGUAUGGCACGAAACCAGAGCAUUUUGCCAAAAUUGCUUGGAAGAACCACAAGCAUUCCAUCAAUAACCCAUACUCUCAGUUCCGGGAUGAAUAUUCUCUGGAACAGGUCAUUAACUCCAGGAAGGUCUUUGAGUUCCUCACACUCUUACAGUGUUGCCCUACGUCAGAUGGAGCAGGAGCUGCAGUUUUGGCCAGUGAGACGUUUGUGAGGCAGAAUGGACUGGAGAAAAAGGCUGUGGAGAUCAUUGCUCAGGAGAUGGUUACUGACCUCUCCUCUACUUUUGAGGAAAACAGCUGUUUGAAAAUGGUUGGUUAUGACAUGACCCAUCAUGCAGCUCAGAGAUGUUUUGACAAGGCUGGUCUGAAGCCGUCAGAUGUUGACGUCAUUGAGCUGCAUGACUGCUUCUCUGCCAAUGAGCUCAUAACAUAUGAAGCUCUGGGACUGUGUCCAGAGGGUAAAGCUGGGGAGCUGAUAGACCGGGGUGAUAAUACAUAUGGUGGUAAAUGGGUAAUAAACCCCAGUGGAGGACUCAUCUCAAAAGGACACCCGCUUGGAGCUACAGGUUUGGCUCAGUGUGCAGAGCUCUGCUGGCAGCUGAGAGGGGAGGCAGGGCCACGGCAGGUCCCUGGGGCAAAGGUUGCCUUGCAACACAACAUUGGUCUCGGUGGAGCAGUGGUGGUCACUCUUUACAGAAUGGGAUUCCCUCAGGAAACAAGCUCUCGGAUCGCUGCAGUGCCCACCAACGCGUCCAGUGACCUCGAGGGGUUCAAAACUCAUACUGUCUUCAAGGAGAUAGAAAAGAAAAUACAGGAGGAGGGAGAGGAGUUUGUGAAGAAAAUCGGUGGCGUUUUCACCUUCAAAGUGAAGGAUGGUCCAGGUGGAAGUGAGGCAUUGUGGGUUGUGGAUGUGAAAAAUGGCAAAGGCUCGGUGACAAAUGAUCCAGGUAAAAAGUCUGACUGCACCAUCGCUAUGUCUGACGCAGAUCUUCUUGACUUGAUGACGGGCCGAAUGAAUCCACAAACCGCAUUUUUCCAAGGCAAACUGAAGAUAUCUGGUAAUAUGGGAAUGGCCAUGAAACUUCAAAACCUACAGCUGACGCCAGGCAAAGCCAAACUAUGAAAAAGUAUCUCUAGCCGGAUGGGGAACAGUCACAAAAAAUCCAUGCUAAUGCAUUUUGUGUUGAGAGAUGUGAAAGUAGUCAAUUUCUAUAGAUAUUUUUUGUAAACAUUUUUAUGAAUUAAUAUAUGUAAUGGUGCAUAAUAAUUAUGAGACUAUUGGUCAUUGCAUUGCAUAAAGGUAACUGCAUAAAACAGGUAGUUUAUUUUAGGGUUAACAAGGACUUGCCAUUCAACAAUUAUACUAAUAAUGUAAUUGAAAGACUCACUAGCAUAAGAAAAACAUCUAAAAUUGUACAUGUUUACAAAGAUUGUGUACUCCGCAGUAAGAGAAGCCUAUUUUGGGUGCAGAUAAUGUUGCUGUCAUAGAUACAAUAUUUUGUGGAGGUUGCCGCAAUACUUAAACUACAAAUCAGAGAGAACAGUUCACAGGCAUGUCACAGUAUAGUCAAGUGGCCUUCCUCAGACUUUGUGCAAUUGUAAUUAAUCUUCACCUGAACCAUGCAGAUGAACAGUGAGGCCGUCUAUUACAUGACUGCUUUAUAAUGUGCCUCUACUCACUGUUAUCACCCUCAUUAUUGAAAUUCAUACCAUUCAAAGACUAAUAUAAUAUGUAAAAUUAUUUUGGACAUUUAUAUCUACUAUGUAGUGGCCCAAAAAGAUCCAAACAGAGGUUACCAUAGACUUUGAUGUCUGAUACUGGAAUGAACUUUUUCAAUUCACAUAGCUUAAAGAAAUAGUUCAACAAGAAAUUAAAUUUCUCUCAUCAUUUACUUACCCUCAUUCCAUCCCAGAUGUGUAUGACUUUCUUCUGCAGAACACAAAAAAAAGAUUUGAAGUAGAAUAUUUCAGCUCUGUAGGUCCAUAUAAUGCAAGUGAAUGAUGACCACAACUUCCAAAAAUCAUAUGAAGGCCAUAGGUGUGGGUGAGAAACAGAUCAAUAUUUAAGUUCUUUUUUUUUUUACCAUAAAUUUCCACUUUCACAUUUUUCUUUUGCCAUUUUUGUUUUUAGCAAUUUGCAUUCUUCGUGUAUGUCACCACCUACUGGGCAGGGAGGAGAAUUUAUGGUAAAAAAGGACUUAAAUAUUGAUCUGUUACUCACCCACGCCUAUCAUAUCAUUUCUGAAGAUAUAUAUUUAACCACUAGAGUCUUAUGGAUUAAUUUUAUGCUGACUUUAUGUGCUUUUUUGACCUUCAAAGUUGUGGUCACCAUUCACUUGCAUUGUAUGGAUCUACAGAGCUGAGAUAUUCUUCUAAAAAUCUUCAUUUGUGUUCAGCAGAAGAAAGAAAGUCACACACAUAUGGGAUGGCAUGAGGGUGAGUAAACGAUGAGAGAAUUUUUAUUUUUGGGUGAACUAUCCUUUAAGCGAGUUUCUCUAGUGAUUAAAAGAUCUUUGAUCUCAGAACUCUAGGUGUUGGGUAUGUUGUGAUAUAUUUGAAGCAUUUGGUAUAAUUGUAUAUUAAUCAAGUUUGUUAAAAUGAUCACAACUCUGAUUUCUAAUAAAUAUUCCUUAUACAUUCCAAAGUA